AUGCUCAUUCCUCAACGAGAUUGCCAGUCCAGGCCGUCUGAGUUAGACGGCUUGCUGGAUGAGGAUGAGAGCCAGCUGAGACAGCACCAUUCCCUACCUCGAUCUCUGACGCACAGCGAGGUCAAGGAGCUCUCGUCAGCGCCCGGGAUCGACGCCUUGACGCCGAGAGGCGACUCGAGACACUCAAAGACCGUACGAUUUGCCUUGGGCAGCAAGUCCAUCCAGUAUUUCAAUCCCACCGAAAGACCUUCCCUGGUGCAGAAAUUCAUCAUUGCUAGGCGAGUGAUGGAGAAUUGGUUGAUAUGGGGCGUGCUGCAAGCAGUGUAUUUUCCCUGCAUUAUCAGGUAA